AUGUCAUAUAAAGUCAAUAUCCCUGUAGUGCCACCUCGAUCCGCAUCUUCCGCUUCUUCAACAUCUGAUGUCGAUGAAGAAGAUGAUAAUUUCUCUGAUUGGGCUUCAUCUUUAGGUGAAGCUAGACAAACGAAAUCGCUCUUUGACGAAACGGUCUUGCCUACACCUGAAGCUGUGAUUCAACAUGACGCCAACAUAUGGGACUUCAACCUUCAGUCAACAUGUGAGAAACUUGGAUUGGAUAUGUUCGGAAGGAUUAGAUUGAUUAACCUAAUCAGGAAUGCUGGAUUGACCAAAGACCAAAUUGAGGCAUUGAAGUCAUCUGAUCCAUUGUUCAAAGACGAUAAUCUGCUGAAACCCGUUAUACCUGAUGAUCCUCUUCUCCAGUACGAUCCCGAUGAUUCAUGGUCGGACGAUGAAGAUAUCCCUCCACCUCCUCAGCCAUCAGCAGGACCUUCUCAAACUCUGGAUCAGGCUAAAACUGCGUCAACUUCCCCCGAGUCGUCUAAAAUCGCUCAACUAGAAGCUGAGCUCGAGAAGGCCAGAAAAGAUCUCGCUUCUAUGCGACAGCUCGUUUCCAAUACUAUCGGAUCCGAAGAUGAAGAUGAGCAGACAAAUGGAGAGGCCAGUCACUCAGAAGUUCAAGGGAAAGGUAAAGGAAAAGCUGUAGAGAGAGAUGAUGAUACUCAUUAUUUCCAUUCUUAUGAAGAAAACGAUAUACAUGAAAUCAUGUUGAAAGAUACAGUCAGAACUGUAUCUUACGCGAGAUUCAUCUUAUCCAACCCCAAAGUAUUUAAAAACGCUGUAGUAAUGGAUGUUGGAUGUGGUACAGGUAUUCUCUCAAUGCUCGCCGCCAAAGCUGGCGCCCAACAUGUAUAUGCCAUCGAAGCUUCCGGCUUAGCUGUAAAGGCGAGGGAGAACAUUCGGAAGAAUGGGUUUGAGGAUGUCAUCACUGUUAUCCAAGGUAAAGUUGAAGAUAUCCAAUUACCCGUCAAAGAAGUAGAUGUGAUAGUCAGUGAAUGGAUGGGAUACAUGCUAUUGUACGAGUCAAUGCUUGAUUCAGUCUUGGUUGCAAGAGAUCGUUUCCUUGCUCCUGCUGGUUUGAUGGCUCCUUCUCAAACUCGUCUUGUCAUUAGUGCGAUCACAGGAGACAGAACAUGGAAGGAGAGAAUCGCGUUUUGGCCAUCUGUUUAUGGGUUCGAUCUCAGUACAAUGCAAUUACCUGCUUUCGAAGAAGGUUUGACGGAAAUCGUAGAUAAGGAAGAAAUCGUUACUAGUGAAGCUAUCGUCAGGGAUAUCAACUCUCAUACAGCAACAAUCAAAUCAUUAGAUUUCCAUUCAUCUUUUACCCUCAAACCAACCACUUCAUCCGAGACAACAAUCAAAGCAUUCUUGACACAUUUCGAUACUUUCUUCAACUACGUUUCAGGUGAACAAUCACACAUACCACCUGCACAAGAUGUCGAAAUUGUGUCUUUUGGUGAUGACGAGUUUGAGAGACCCGUAGAACCACUUUCUUCAAAUGAAGGAAAGGACGGAAGACAGAUCAGCUUCACUACUGGACCAAGAGGUAAAUAUACCCAUUGGAAACAAGUUGUUUUCCUCCUACGUGAUCAUAUAAUCCUCAAAUCAAAUCAACAGAUUGAUGGAAAAUUCUUCUGUAAGAAAUCGCCAACAAAUUCAAGAGAACUUGAUGUUGAAAUUCAUUAUAGAGUCGUGGAUUCAGAGGGAGAGGGAGCACAGGGAGAAGGUGAUUAUUCUGUACAAUGUUAUAAAGUACGAUAG